AUGAUGUCUGGGACAAAAAAGCAGAGAAUACAAUGUACUGGUUCUUCGAAUACAUCAGAAAUGAAUGUAUUUGUCUUGUCUACCGGCCGACAUCCAAAAUUGAUGAAUGCUUAUAUUCAUCCUUGGGAUAAGGUGCGGUUUUUGAAUGAAGAAGAAAGCAUGGAACUACUAUGCCAUAAGGUGUUUGGUGAUGCGAUUUGUCCUCCUCAACUUCACAAAGUUGCCGCCAAAAUUGCCAAGCAUUGUGAAGGUCUCCCUCUCAUGAUUGUCACUGUUGCUAGCAUCAUUUCGAUAUCUGAGCAUAAUAGAGACCCAACCUACUGGAAUGAAGUAGCAGAAAGAAGAAAUUCAGCCUUCAAGGAUGCAUAUAAUCAAAUAUCAAAGGUACUUUUUCCGAGUUACGACUACUUACCUCAAAACCUAAAAAUCAUAUUUUUGUUUAUGGGAGUUUUCCCUCGAGAUUACCACACUCCCCUUUCCAAGAUCAUCAUUAUGCUCAAGGCUGAGGGGUUGCUUUCCUGGUAUGAACCGGGAUGUAUAUAUCUGAAAGAGCUAGCUUACCACUACAGCCUUGUUUUACGCAUCUUGAAGAGCACUGAUAAAUCUCUUCCAGAGAGUCAAGUUACGGAGUUUAAAACUUGCUGGCUUCAUUCUUCAUGGCGGCACGUGUGUAGAGAAGAAGCUAGUAAGAACAAGUUUUAUCACGUCUUAAAUAAGUUAACUGAUGCCGAAGAAGAAGUUCUAAAAGGUCAGCGUGGCUUAUGUCUCGAAAAUAAUGUUUUAUUUGGCAUUAAAGACUUUUGUGACUUGUUGAGAUUGAACUGUGCAUCCUUUGCACGUUCUCUCCUUUUCUAUGGUCCUUACCACCAAUAUCCAAUCCAUAUAGAUGUUGGUUUUAGGUUGCUAAGGGAAAUAGAUGCUCUUACACAACGUUUUUAUACUUUUCCAAUAGAAAUUCUGACCCUAGUCCAACUGAAGUUCCUUGCUUUAACUUGCAAUGGAGAAGUCCCUUCCACCAUAUCUAAACUUUUCAACCUUCGAGUUUUGAUUAUCCAUCCACAUAUGAUAAUAAGAUGCCGUGGAGCUCCAUCAUAUGUACCAAUACAGGUGUGGGACAUGAAAGAGUUAGAGCAUAUCGAGAUAUUGGGAAAAAGCCUUGUAGCUCCAUCUCAUGUUGUUUCGUUGAAAAAGCUCUCAACUCUGCUAGGGGUGAAUGCUAGUAUUUGUACUAUCUUCAAACUCUCCCAAAGACUUCCUAAAAUAAAGAAAUUAGGAAUACAGAUUGAGUUCAAGCCUUAUGAGGAUCACAAUGAUCUUUUGAAUUGCUUUGAUUGCAUUUCAACACUUGAAAGCUUAGAGACUCUAAAACUAAGUAUCACAAAUCCAGUCAUCAAGAAUGGUGAUGUUUUCCUAGUGACUCUAAGGUCAUUGAAGCUGCCAGUUAAUAUGAAAAAGCUACAUUUGAGUGGUAUGGGUUUUCCAUGGGAAUACAUGAAUGACAUUGCUUCUUUGCCAUAUCUUGGAGCUCUCAAAUUGCGAUCCUACGCCUUUCAGGGUUCACAUUGGAAUAUAGAUGAUUAUCAUUUUCCGUGUCUUAAGUUUCUUCUAAUUGAAGAAAGUGAUUUGGUGCAAUGGGAAUCAAGAUACAAAAGCUUCCCCGAGCUUAAAAACCUAAGCAUGAAACAUUGCUAUAAACUUGAAACUAUCCGCAUACCUUAUCUCUUUAACCACGGUAUCGCAGAGAUUGAAUUAGAGGACUGCAAUCCUUUGGCUUUGACUUGGGCCACCCAAUUACAACCAGGCUAUACUGGUAGGCUUCAUGUUACUACCUCUUCUACUUUUUAUGAGAAACCGACAACUUUCAAAUGUAUAAGGCACGGAGCUGUACACCAGAGCAUUUAUGGUGAAUAUACGGAUGUUGAUGAGGAGAAUGAGGAAGAGAGUGAUGAUGAAUAUACGGAUGAUCAUGAGGAGAAUGAGGAAGAGAAUGAUGACGAAUAUAUGUAUGAUCAUGAGGAUACAGAGGUGAGCGCCAACGUCAAGGAGCAUGUGAGUUCGUAGGGUUAUUUUUAACUUGUACUUAGUCAAGUAGUAAAAGAAUCGUUGAUCCUCCUUUAUAAAAAAAACCUAAAAACACCCACCAUAAACUUAACUGGUUAUCAAUUUUUAGUUAUAGUAAGAUUUAAAAAUUCAUCUUAGCAUAUU